AAGAAACAGCGAGGACGCCAUUGUGAAAUAGCUGUUUUUCUUCAUUUUUGUUUGUUGCUGUAAUCACAGAGAGCUUUAUUCCUUGAUUCUGAGUUAUGUUUAUUGUAAUAAACCGGUCAUUGUCGGCUUGUUUUAAUUUCCUUCCCCAUCCUCAAUAUUUGAAGCACUAGCAGAACCCCUCAAGCGCCUUAUUUUUUAUAAUCGGCCUGCGUGAUCUCAAACACACCUUUUCCGAGUUACGUUGCUUGGUUUAAACGUUUAAACAUGUUCAAACAUUUGAAAUCGAACGUGAUUAUCGAUAUUUGCGUCGAAACGUCUGCACAUUUUCAUAGGGUCGUCUUCCCAGUCUUCUUUGGGGACCCCCCCCUUCGGCGACAAAGUGCAGUACAGCCUCCAGGAAGCGACAGGGAGAGCGGCGACCGUCGGCGAGGCGAAAUCUAUCGCGUUUAGUUAAAAGAAGAUAAUACAGCGCGUUAAUGCCCCGCUUAAACGCACCUCUAUGACUUCUCCCGAAGAUGAGAGUGUUUCCUGGAGGCUAAUAGGCCCCGUGUCGGAGCUGUCCAAGAAACAAUGCCGACUGAUGUAUUCGUCUGACGGACGCGACGCGGAUGUUUGCCUGUUUCACGUGAACGGCGAAUUCUUCGCGAUGGACGCGCGCUGCGCUCAUUCGGGAGGUCCGCUGUGUGAUGGAGAUAUUGAGGAGGCCGAUGGUGUUCUUCAGGUUUUCUGUCCUUGGCAUGACUAUGACUUCAAUCUCAAAACAGGGAAAUCAAGCACAGGUUUACAGCAACAAGUUCAUGAAGUGAAAUUGGAAGACGGCAAUAUAUACGUCAAGCACACGAGUGAGCUCUCGUUACAACCUUUCGGCCAGGUCAAGGAGAACUGAAGUUUUCGGUCACGGCAGUGUUUUGUUCCCUCGAACUGAAGCAUCUGCUUGGAUCUCGCAAUAUUUGAAAACGAUGCAGAAUUUGAGUUGAAUAAACUUUCCUGUUCCCAAUGGAGCAGUUGUUAACAUUUGUGACAAUUUGUAUAUAUACACUACGAAUCAGAGAUAAAUCGGUCUUUAAUGUUGUACGCAAAUGACUUCCAGUGACACUAAAGUGAACGUUGUUUUCUGCCAUUUAGAUUAUUUAUUUUAUGAUUUAUUUAAAUUGUUAUGAAUACCUUAAAAUGUACGUUGGCAAAGUUUAUAUGCAAGAUUGAUCGAACUCAGGGAAAAUGGGGUCACAGACUGUUUAUUCAGUCAGCUGUACAUUUCAGCAGCUUAAUUAGUCAUAGUUUAAGAUUCAUAAUCGUUAGCACUCUAGAGAUGUUAAUGUGUUUCUCUCUAGGGCCGUAAUAAAUGUUUACGGUUGUAACUUUCCGUAAUUAUACCUUCUGAGAUCCAGCCCUCUUGAGCGUCAGGUAGAAAUGACUUUUUACCGCAGGGAAAAAAUUAAAGGACUUAAUUACUUGGUCGACUCACUUAAUUUUGUGAUUCCAUGAGGUCUUCGUGAAAAAAAUAAGUAAAUAAAUUCAUUCUUAUUUGAAUCUUUCCAUUUAAUCACCAUCAGUAUUUGAUUAUCCUACCUUUAUAAAAUAUAAGUUAAUGGACAAAAGGUGGCUAAAGCUAUGCGAUGCUUAAACAUUGGCUUUGAAUACGUGGGCAGAAGUUAACUCAUAAAAAAUGCAAAAUAUUUAUAAUAUAUUUUAUUUAUUUUUACAAUUUUAUUAACAGUUGUUUUAAAUGGUUAACAAUUGUGAUAAAGCCUGUGUUGUGUGCCUGCUUAUGAUUUCUGUUUAUAUUUUUGUGUAAUUUUUUUUUUUUUUUAAGUUUAAUGGAAUAAAGCAAUGUC